AUGCAGGGAAAAAUAGUACGUACCGCAGGAGGUGGGCAGAGUCCGCUGCGAGCUUGCAGCUCCCGAGAUUGUUACGGAUUGGACAAAAUCAAGACGAAGUACCCCCAGCUAGUCACGGCUCCAUACAUAGUACCAGAGCCACUAAUGACCGGAAAGACAUCCAUUUUUAGAGUUAGCGGAGAGAUGGCCGAAGUAGCCGACAUCCGUGGCCAAACCCAGGCUUCAGGAGGACCUCCGCCCAUUUAUCGGAUCAAGCCAGGAACCCAUGCUCAUGUUGUCAAUUACGUGUUUGUAGCAGAGGGCUCCGAUCAAAUGAAGAAAAUCCGUUCCAGAGAUCCGGCGGUCAACAUUGAGCGCUUGGAGUCCCAGAGGGAAUGGGCCAUUACCCAGUUGAAGAAUCUGACGUCCAAGCACCGGGGAAAAGUUCAGCAAACUUUUGUCCAAUCAUCACCAGCUCCUCCAAGAGCACGUGUCGCCAGUUCUACAGCAACUCCUACCCGAAAGUGGAUUCCAUGGCUCGCUUGCAGGCGGACCUACUCCAACUUCAACGCAGAGUAG